CUGCGAUAGUUUGGUGGUUUUGUUUAUAAGUGAGCCAGAUUCCGUAGGAAGUGACUGGGUGCAGUAGGUACAGAAUUUAACGUGAGGAACUCAUCGCCACAAAGGAAAAUUGGGAUUUAGUUCUUUAGCAUGUGAUUGAGCAGGACAACGAAUCAGGUACCACUGUACAGGAUGAAGGGCUGUGCAUUUUUCUGUGUCACCUUGGUGACCAUUUUGGGAAGUCUGUGUAUUGUGGAAGCUUGUAAUGAAGCCAUCUGUGGUCCUAUUGUGAGCAAAUGUAUUCUCAUAGACGCUUGUUCAUGUGACUUUGGGAAUUUUACCAACUCCAAGUGCCUUAAAAACUGCACUCUGUGUCUGGACAGUUUGUUUAUGGACUGUUGUGCUUGUGUGGGAUUAUGUAAGCCCAAAGAUAAUGAGGAGGGUAUGGAUAACUCCAGUUCUGUAGAGGAAUUAAAGGAACCACUCCCCGAACUCUUCAAUGUUCUGACAGAGGAGGAAGAUUUAUUAGCGAGAUGGAAAUCCUUCACAUACCCUGCCUCUGACGCUAAACCUGUCAAAAAUAUUCUUCUCAUUAAAGGUAAAAGAGAAAGGACAAAGCCGGAGUUACAGGAAGACACUAACUGUACAGUGGCGUUCAUGUCCGAAUGUAGCGCCAUGCAGAAGUGUAAAGAUGCUUGUAAGUCCAUGGGGGCCAGUCAGUACCGAUGGUUUCAUGACCACGGCUGCUGUCAGUGUGUUGGUCCUACAUGCCUCAACUACGGCCUGAACAGUCCUCGCUGCUCCAACUGUCCGCCACCUGACGAGGUCGACAACAUCGAACAGGAAGAAAAGAUUAUUAAGGAGAUGAACAGAAUAGACGAGCAAGUUAUGGAGAUGGAAGAAGAAAUCAACGAUGAAUUUGAGGAUGAUGAUGAUGUUGAUGAUGAUGAAGACGAUGACGAACCUGAAGUUGAUUUAGAAGGUUGAACAAUGUGAAUAUUUCACACAAAAAAAAACCCACUAGCAUUAUAAUAAAAAA